ACCUUCUAGAAGGUAGGCAAGUGGGCAAGUGGUCAAGUGGUGAGGCAAGUGGUGGACUAAACCACAGUGCAACAGCAGUACAAUGUCGGUAGGAUAGCGGUGAGUCCACAGUCAGUCAGCAGAGGGUCCAGUCAGUCCCAGUCCGGUCCAGCAAGUACCACAGGGGGACUGUGAGCAUCAAGGGCCGAUGGCAAAGGGUGAUCCAGAGUGCGAACAACACCCGGCGCGGCACCUCCACUAUGCCGUACACAAAGGAGGAGGAGGUGAAGAUGGCCGCCAUCCUAGAAAAGAGAAGAGGGAGGCCAAGAAGAAAGUCCUGCAGGAGGAGCAGGCGGCCAAGCUGAAGAAGCUAGAGGAAGAAAUGGCCAGAGAGAAGGAGAGAAUCAAGAAAGAGGAAGAGGAGAAGUUGAAAGAGGUGGAAGAGGAAGAAGACGAGGGACCGCCACUGGAAAGAAGGAGAGGGCAGCACAGUGGCAGCAAGGGUGAAGAAAUGGAGAAACGGAUUUCAGAAUGGGUCACUCAUUUGUCCUUGGGAGAGGAAGAAGAAGUGGCUAUGUAUAUCCCCAAGGAUGACCAGGAAGCCGCCCUGAAGAAAUGGGAAGCAGAAAAGGAUAUGCUGAAGCGGAAGGCGAUGAAGGAUGAGCAGAGGAUGGAAUGGAAACUCGCAAUGAUGAGGGAAAAGAAGAGAAGGGUGGAGGCAGCGAGUGAGGCGGUCAAGGAGUUAGAAGAAGUGCAGAAAUUAAGUCUAAAGUUGACCCCUCAGGUAGACCUCGAACGAAAGGUAGAGAUCCUCGCCCAGAGUGUCGAGCGUCUAGCAAAGAUACAAGAACAGCAAUACGAGUUUAGCCGAAGUCAGGACAUAGCUGUGCGCUCGAUGCGAAUGGGAUUCCGGGACUUUGCGCGCAAACUGAUAGGAGCCGUAGGAGCCGAGGUGAAUCAUCGCCUCGACGCCAUUGAAGGUGUCAAAGUGGCAGCUCCCAAGGAGGAGGAAGCACGUCCUCGUCGGGAGCCGGUCAAGGUCAAAUUCCCCGAUUCCUACAGCGAGAAGAAAGAAGAGAACUUUGACAACUGGGAGGCUAACGUCAAGACCUACGUGCAUCUGCAACAGGUCUCCCCGGAUCAGCAUGUUUUGAUUGCGAUCCAUGCGCUCAAAGAUGAGGCCGCCAGUUUUGCAAGGUCCCUAGUGCGCGCCGCUAACUGCAAUGAUGAUGCAGUUGUCUAUUCGGCAUUUACCUCCCUCACCGAGUUCAUGAAAUUGUUGGGCGAGCGAUUUGCAAAUGUCGCUCGUAGUGUCAAAGCCUCAGAUAGGCUCCAGACAAUCCACGCUCGUAAGUGGAAGAGUGCCAGGGCGCUCAAGAGCACGAUGGACGAACUAAUCGCCGUUCCUGACCAUGGGGUCACAGACACCCAAUUGGUCGGCCUCUUCUACCGGGCGAUCCCCGAAGCCUUGCGAGUGCACUUCUUCGCGAAGAGCGAAGAUCCCGCCACUACUUAUGAUUCUCUCAGCCGUGAAGUGGUGGCCUUCGAAGCCAAGUCUGCAUCUGUGUCUACCUUUUGGCACAAAGACUUGGACAAGGGAAAGCAAUGGAAGGGCCGCACCAUCUCUGAGCAGGUGAAAACUAAGGAUAGCCUUGUCCUAACUUUAGACGAAGGUAGUGUGGAUGAGAUCCCCUACGAUCAGAUUGAGUGGGGGUUAGAGGAGGAGGGCAGCGGUGUAGGCCAGGGGAGGACUUACGCUGCUGUUGGGGCUGGAGGGAGGCCGCAAGGCGGAGGACGAGGCCAAGGCCAAGGAGGCCGGGCCUCAAGGAGCCGGUUUCAGGACGGCCAGGGGGUUGGCGGCAGGGGAGGAAAACGCCAAGCGGGAGGAAGGAGUCAAGCCGGGGCAACGCUCCAUCUGAAGGAGCACGAGUGUAGACUCCCUAGUUCUGCAGGCGAGGCUAAGACUGCCCGGCUGUUUCAUGUGUCGGGAGUAGAGAAUUCCUUGGCACAUUGCUGCCUUAGGGCCCCUACGUUCGCAAGAUUGGUGAAGAAGGAAAAAUUAGAGGAACAGGUCUUUGUUGCCUCUCUUAGGCCCGUCACUGGGCCUAAGGAAGAGAAGCCCAUAAACCCUACUAUUGCCAAAUUGUUGGAAGAGGAUUUGACUGAGCCGCCGUCAGGCACGGUGCCGCGGCCCAUCCAGCACCGUAUUGAGAUAGAGCCUGGCAGUAGGACUUCUAAGGGUGUUGUGUAUAGGAUGGCCCCGCGGGAGUUAGAGGAGCUGCGGAAGCAGUUGGACGAGCUCCUUGAAAAGGGUUGGAUUAGGCCCAGUUCGUCUCCUUUUGGAGCCCCUGUUCUCUUUGUCCCUAAGAAAGAGGGAGAGUUGAGGAUGUGUAUAGACUAUAGGGGUCUGAAUGCUAUUACAGUGAAGAAUGUUGAGCCACUGCCUAGGACAGACGAUCUUUUAGAUCGAGUGCAGGGGGCGAAGUAUUUCUCCAAGAUAGAUUUGAAGUCCGGAUAUCAUCAGAUAGAGGUGCAUCCUGACGAUCAGUACAAGACGGCCUUCCGGACUAGGUAUGGGCACUACGAGUUCAUAGUGAUGCCCUUUGGACUAACCAAUGCGCCAGCUACGUUCCAGCGUUGUAUGAACGAUUUGUUUAGGCCGUGGUUAGACAAAUUUGUUGUAGUUUAUCUAGAUGACAUUUUGGUGUUUAGUAGGACCCUCGAAGAGCAUCAGGGUCAUCUCAGGCAGGUCUUGGAGAAGCUGAGGGAAGCUAACUUCAAGAUCAAUGCAAAGAAGUGCGAUUAGGCAAAGACCCAAGUUUUGUAUCUAGGCCACGUCUUAGACGGAGAUGGCGUUAAGCCAGAAGAUAGCAAGA